AUGAAGUUUGCGACUCUUUUCGCCGCUGCGCUGUCCAUCGGCGCGGCGUUCGCCUCUAACGUCCUUGAGCUGACUCCAGACAACUUCGAUGAGCAUGUUGGCAAGGGCAAGCCCGCUUUGGUCGAGUUUUUUGCUCCUUGGUGUGGACACUGCAAAAACCUCGCACCUGUCUACGAGCAACUUGCGGAUGCAUAUGCACAUGCCAAGGGCAAGGUUGUCAUUGCGAAGGUCGAUGCGGACGGUGCCGGCAAGCCUCUGGGUCAAAAGUACGGCGUGACGGGUUACCCCACGCUGAAGUGGUUUGAUGCGGACGGUGGGGAGCCCGUGAAGUACGAGGGUGGACGCGACCUUGAUGCGUUCGUGGAAUUCAUUACGAUGAAAACCGGCGUGAAGUCGAACAUUAAGCCCCCUCCCCCACCCGCGUACCAGGUUCUCGACGCCCACACUUUCGACAAUGUCGCCCUCGACGCAGAAAAGGAUGUUAUCGUAGCUUUCACGGCCCCGUGGUGCGGUCACUGCAAGCGUCUCAAGCCUAUCUACGAAGAGGUCGCCAAGGACUUCGCGAACGAGCCUAACUGCCUCGUCACCAACGUCGACGCCGAUGCGCAGAACAACCGCCCGCUCGCGACCAAGUACGAGAUCGGCUCGUUCCCCACGAUCAAGUUCUUCCCCAAGGGCUCCUCCGAGCCCGUCGACUACGACGGGGCGCGCACCGAGGAGGCCUUCGUCGAGUACUUGAACGAGAUGUGCGGCACCCACCGCUCCGUCGGCGGUCUUCUCAACGACAAGGCGGGCCGCGUUGCGGAGCUCGACGCGCUCGCGCGGAAGUUCUUCGCCGAGGCCGCGGACGCACGCCAGGCGAUCUUCAAGGAGGCGGGUGAGCUCGCGGCCGCGAUCGGCUCCGGCGCGAAGCAGUACCUCCGUGUCAUGGAGAAGGUCGUCAACGGCAGCGAGGAGUACCUCGAGAAGGAGACGAACCGUCUCGCGUCGAUCCUCAAGAAGCGCACUCUCGCACCGAGCAAGCUCGACGAGAUCAAGAUCAAGGCGAACAUCCUGAGCGCGUUCAAGGCUAUCAAGGAGGAGAUUGCCCACGAUGCCGCGGAGCUGUAA